GGGGGCUGUCACGUCUUCAUCUUCACUCUCUUUCGAUCUUCUUCGUUUCUUUAGACUACGGCAAAUAUCCACCCUGAAAUUCUGUGCGGGCGCAACACCAAGAGCACGCAUGCGUGCGCACUGCCCGCACUACACUCCUUAAGCCGAUCGCUUUUUGCAGAGCGCAUGCAGCGCAAUUCGGUGUGCACAGCGCCGAUUAAAAGCGUCGCGUGCCACCUGUCGGGGAUACGCAGCAGGUAUUUGAUUUCCAUUCAGAGAAAGACCUGCACCUUUUUUGUUCCUCUGCAACUUUUCAGGGAUGCAUCAAACACCUGGAAUAGUGAGGGUUGGGAUCCAGGCAUGCCUUUAGGAAGCCUCCUCGGGGAUUCAAGUUAACAUGUCAGGAGACAAGUACGAAGGCUCAGCGGGGACGGUCCACGCUGCAAACACCAGCCUCAGCUGUAUCUUCAACACCACCAACAGCAGCUGUGACGGCGACUCCUUCCACCUGUCAGACUUCAACCAGACGGAUGUUGCGGGAGACGGCGCCGCCGUGGUGAGGAUUAUAAUCUCCAUCAUCUACUCGCUGGUGUGCGCGCUGGGUUUGGUUGGGAACGUGCUGGUCCUAUACCUGAUGAAGUCCAAGCAGGUGUGGAAGAAAUCCUCCAUCAACCUUUUCGUAACUUGCCUGGCGCUCACGGACUUCCAGUUCGUGCUGACGCUGCCGUUCUGGGCGGUGGAGAACGUGCUGGACUUCACGUGGCUUUUCGGCAAAGCGAUGUGCAAGAUAGUCUCCUACGUGACGGCCAUGAACAUGUACGCCAGCGUGUUUUUCCUCACCGCUAUGAGCGUGACGCGGUACUGGUCGCUCGCCUCGGCGCUCAAGGGCAGGCGGCGGCGGCCGCGCUGCUGCCCCGCGCGCUGCAUCACCGUCCUCAUCUGGAUCGCCGCCGUCUCCGCCGCGCUGCCGCACGCGGUCUUCUCCACCACCGUGAGCGUCUCCGGCGAGGACUUGUGCCUCGUCAAAUUCCCGGAAUCCGACGGAAGCGCGCACUUUUGGCUGGCGUUGUAUCACUCGCAGAAAGUGCUGCUGGGGUUCGUGGUGCCGCUGGGCAUCAUCUCCGCCUGCUACCUGCUGCUUUUGCGCUCCAUCACCUCCAAAGACAUCAACACGUCGAGCGCCAAACGACGCGCCAAGGUCACCAAGUCUGUGACCAUAGUGGUCUUAUCCUUUUUCCUCUGCUGGCUGCCCAACCAGGCUCUGACAGUCUGGGGCAUCCUCAUUAAACUCAACGUGGUUCACUUCAGUUACGAGUACUACACCACGCAGGUGUACGUGUUCCCCGUGUCGGUGUGCCUGGCGCACUCCAACAGCUGCCUGAACCCGGUCCUCUACUGCCUGAUGCGCCGGGAGUUCAGGAAAGCGCUGAAAAAACUCUUCUGGCGGAUGACCUCGCCGACAAUAAGGCCGUUCACGGCCUCCACAAAGCCGGCGAUGGACGAGCAGCGGCCGGUGCCGGUCCCCGCGAGCGCACCGGAGGAGCCCGCCGUCGUCUUCUAUCCUCCGGGGGCCGUUAUGUUCAACGACCGGCGAGAUCUGCCGCGAAACAGCCCCUAGGCCGACAUCGUCUCGGGUGCCACGUGCACCACGUCGUCAUGCUCCUUGAUUGUUGUUUAUGUUUAAAGCGCUCGGAGUUCAAGUUGUCCACUGACAGUCUUCUCGUGCGUCUUUUGUUUUUCUUCACAAAAGGAGAGACGUUCCCCUUGUACUAAGAAGACCAGCAGUUUUUUGAAUGUGCCAAUGCUUUUCAAAUAUUUAUGGGAAAAUGUAUUAAUAAAAUGACACAACAUGUGGGAA